AUGGCCGAGACGACGCGCUUCAUGCUACGGUACGGCGGAAUCAGCUAUGUGGAUGAGGUCGUUUGGGGCCGGGUCUUCAGCGACCGCCGUGCUCAAGGCGAGUAUCCCUUUGACAAGGUGCCCGUGCUCUACAUUGAUGGCCGGGUCGUUGCCCAAAGCUAUCCGACUGAUCCUGCGGCUUGCGCAGCCAGCGAUGCAAUAUUCGAGAUGGCACAGGAGCUUUGUACCAUCAACCCGAUGAUCAACUGCUACACCGGCAGGGAAUUUGCGCAGGUUAAGCACUGGUAUUUCUCGACGUUGCCACGGCAUCUUGCCAACAUCGAGCGCUUGUUGAAGGAUGACUUCUUCGGGGGCGCGUCCCCCAGUCAUGCAGAUUUCAACGUCUACCACCACCUUGCGAAUGCCAGGCUGGUGGAGCCCCAGUGCAUCCCCGAUGCCCUCGGUCUUUGGAUGGAGAAGAUGGAAGCUAUACCAUCCUUGCAAAGCUACCUGAAGGAGCGGCCCGAACUUGUUGGCAUCGGCGAGGAUCCUGGUCUCGUCGACAAGGCCGGUCGAUUUCUUGCCCAACGCCACCCUGAGGGUCGUUGCCUCCUCGUGGAGGGCCGUUUCGUCUUCGACGAGGAGUGA